AUGUCAAUUCGAACCAUAUUGAAAGCCAAUAGACUCAUGUCAACUACAACUACUCUUAAAGCACCAGCCACAGCGACAUCGACAAAUGUCCCCACCAAACCUCGCCAUUUGGUCAACAUCUCGCAAUUAACCAACGAUGAAUUCUCCAAGAUCCUCAAACGAGGCCAGCAGCUCAAGCAAAUCUACAAAUUGGGAGACCAACUGGCGGUGUUGGCCAACCACCAGAAAUUGCUCGGUAAGCUCGUUGCGCUUUUAUUUUCUAAACGAUCAACUCGUACUAGAAUCAGCACCGAGGGAGCUGCUGCGUUUUUCGGCGCACAGCCCAUGUUUUUAGGCAAAGAUGACAUCCAGUUGGGCGUGAAUGAGUCGAUGUACGAUACUACUCGAGUGAUAAGCUCGAUGACCUCGUGCAUCUUUGCUCGUGUCAACAAGCACCAGGACAUAUUGGAUUUGUGCAAGGACUCGAGUGUCCCCAUUAUCAAUUCGUUAUGUGACAAGUAUCACCCAUUGCAAGCGAUUGCUGAUUUAAUCACCAUCAAGGAAAGAUUCGGCGACAACACGCGCGGGUUGAAGUUGGCGUGGAUUGGCGACGCCAACAAUGUCAUCAACGACUUGGCCAUUGCGUGCUUGAAGCAAGGCAUCAGCGUCAGUGUCUCGGUGCCAGACUCAAUCGAGUUUGCUGAAGAUGUGGCGCGCGAUGCACGCGAGUUAGCUAGGGAUGGAGGAGUCAAGUUUGAAGUUGUCCAUGACCCCAAGGCGGCGCUCGAGAAUGCCAAUAUAGUCGUUACUGACACUUGGAUCAGCAUGGGUGAAGAGAACCAAAAGCAGGCAAAGCUUCAGCAGUUUAAAGGCUACCAGAUCACGCAGCUGAUGGUUCAACAGGGCGGUGUUAAUCGCGAUUGGAUCUUUAUGCAUUGCUUGCCUAGACACCAAGAGGAAGUUAGCGACGACGUGUUUUACAGUGACAACUCGGUGGUUUUCCAAGAGGCGGAAAAUAGAUUGUACGCUGCUAUGGCUGUUAUUGAUGCCUUUGUUGUCAACAAGGGUGACUUGUUGAAGUAA